AUGCGCGCCGGAAUUGUUGCUCUUCUCCUGACUGCGGCCACUGCCGUUGCUGCCAUUCCAGUUCCGCAAAACGGCCAACAUCAGAUCUCGGUUCGCCAAAACAACAACCAGAACCAGAACAACCAGAACCAAAACAACCAAAACCAGAACAACAACAACCAGAACAAUAACAACCAGAACAAUAACAACCAGAACAACAACAACCAGAACAAUAACAACCAGAACAACAACAACCAGAACAACAACAACCAGAACAACAACAACCAGAACAACAACAACCAGAACAACCAGGACCAAAACAACCAGGACCAAAACAACAACAAUAACAACCAGAACCAGAACCAGGGCAACAAUAACCAAAACAACCAGGACCAAAACAACAACAAUCAGAACCAGGGCAACCAAAAUCAGAACAACAACAAUAACAACAACCAGAACCAAAACAACGGUGACAACAGCGGCAACAACAACAACAACAACCAGGGCAACGGCAACGCCGACAACGCCGACGCCGGUGGCGCAGCAGACUUUGGCACCUGCGUUCCCACCAUCUCCUUCGAGUUCGGCCGUGGCAACAGGGAUGCCGACGAGGGUACCUUCUUGCCUCUCGACCCGGCCAUCCUCCAGGGACAGUCCGACGCCCUGAACCCCAACAUCAUCACCAACCGCGUCUGCGACCAGCUCGGUGCCCAGACUUGCGGUGCCAACCAGGCCGCCGUCGACCUCUGCCUCGACGCCAAGGCCCAGGUGGCCGCCGCCGGCACCAAGGAUGCCACGACCGCCGACCUGUUCAACGGUCUGCUGGGCUUCUAG